AUGACACAGCUCGAUAUUAAACAACAUUCACAAGAACCAUUAUCUGUUAUAUCAUUACCGCUAACAACAAUACCAAUAAAUUCAAAUGAUAAUCUCUCAACAAUAACACUUUCAACGAAUGAUAUUAGUCAUAUAUCUGAUAGAAAUACAAAAUCUUGUUUAUUUAAAUUAAAUUUAUUUAUUAAACGUUAUAUCAAAUUUCUGAAACUUGUAUUUAAAUCUAUUUUACCGGAUUUAAAAUCAUUUAAAUGUUGGCAAGCUAUUAUUCUUAUUCUAUUUGCAACAUUCAAUGUUGUUUUUUCUAUUUUGGAUUUUAAUUCAUUUUUUCCACAAGAACAAAAACGUUCUUUAUUAAAAUGGACAAAUGAUUUAAAUGAUGGUGUACCAUUAUGGCGUCGUAUUCUAUUAUGUUUAUCUGGUAUUGCUGCAUUUACAAAUGUUCUCAAUGUAGUUUUAGUUAUUCAAGGUAAAAUUUCUUCAUAUUUUUGGGGUAUUCUCGGAGCUAUUCUAUACGGUAUUUAUUCAUUUGCAUAUGGUUAUGUUGGUGAUGCACAAUUAUAUAUAUUAUUUUUUUUACCAAUGCAAUUUGUUGGCAUCUAUAUAUGGUCAAAACAACUAGAUAAUCAAUCGACAACACGUGUUAAAUCAUUAAAAUUAAUUGGCUGGGUAUUUAUAAUAAUACUAUGUGUAGGUUUAGCAUUUUUAUUUUAUUAUGAAAUACCAGCAUUUUCUAAAUUAUUAACAUCACAAUAUUUUUUCGAAACAAAUUUUGUUCCACAUUUACUGGAUGCUUCAACAAAUACAUUAAGUGUUGUUGCACAAUUUUUACUUAUAUUUUGUUAUUGGGAACAAUAUAUAUUAUGGGCAGGUGUGAAUAUAAUGGCAAUUAUUAUGUAUAGUGGUCUUCUCGAAACAAGACUUGAUAUCAAUGUGUUAAUUGUAUGGAUUAUGUUUACGAUUAAUUCUAUAGUUGGUUUAGUUAUAUGGUUUCGUCGAUGGAAAAUUUCAAAAAAUACUGUAUCGACUUAA